CGGAACAGCUACUUUCAAGCUUCAGCCAAGAUUUCUGCCUGCUAAUUUCUGCCUAAACGAGUUGAUGCAAGAAAUUAAGCAAGUUUGAACAGCCUCGGAUUGCUGACAGGCUUCAGAGGACUUCACGCUGCGCAAGUUUUAUGCGCUCAUAGCUGACAGCUUGCUUGGAAGAUGAGUUCUCAAUCUAAAACUGGCUGGGGCUUCACAGCAACUUCUUGGGUAGAGAGAUAACUUUCAACUGAACUCAAACCGUCUGCGUGUUGUGCAAGGAUCCAGUUGUAACCUGCUAUGGAGGAUGAUUUUUAAGAUGAAUACCUACCUUGCUGAUAAAUCCAAUUUAUCAACACCUGGAUAUUUUAAAGUGUCUGCACUAAAUAAUGGCAAUCUUUCUGGAAACAACUCCAAUGAGACAGCAAGCAACCUGGAUUCACCUGCCUUGGAUAUCAGUAGGGCUAUAAUUGUGGGCCUUAUCCUAGGUGCCUUUAUACUCUUUGCUAUUAUUGGUAAUAUCUUGGUAAUUCUCUCUGUUGCUUGCAACAGACAUUUAAGAAUCCCUACAAACUAUUUCAUAAUUAACCUCGCAAUCGCAGAUUUGUUGCUGAGUUUUACUGUCCUUCCAUUUUCUGCUACACUGGAAAUCCUUGGCUACUGGGUUUUGGGGAGGAUAUUUUGUGAUAUCUGGGCAGCAGUUGAUGUGCUCUGCUGUACAGCUUCUAUUUUCAGUCUAUGUGCAAUUUCUAUAGACAGAUAUAUAGGGGUACGUUAUUCUCUCCAAUAUCCAACUUUGGUAACAAGAAGAAGGGCAAUUUUGGCUCUCCUGGGUGUCUGGGUCCUUUCUAUGGUAAUCUCUAUUGGGCCUCUUUUGGGCUGGAAAGAACCAGCACCCAAGGAUGAUAAGGAGUGCCGUAUCACUGAAGAACCAUUCUACGCUUUGUUUUCUUCCUUGGGGUCAUUUUACAUUCCUUUGAUUGUCAUCCUCGUGAUGUACUGUCGGGUCUACAUAGUGGCCAAAAGGACUACUAAAAACCUGGAAGCUGGGGUUAUGAAAGAAAUGUCCAACUCCAAGGAGCUGACUUUACGGAUUCAUUACAAGAACAUUCAUGAGGACACGCUAAACACCACCAAAUCCAAGGGUCACAAUCCCAGGAACUCCUUAGCUUUCAAACUGUUUAAAUUCUCUAGAGAAAAGAAGGCAGCCAAGACAUUGGGAAUUGUGGUUGGCAUGUUUAUCUUGUGCUGGCUACCUUUCUUCAUAGUUCUGCCACUAGGUUCUCUGUUUUCUGUUCUGAAGCCCCCUGAAACGAUCUUCAAGGUGAUUUUUUGGCUUGGCUACUUUAACAGCUGCUUGAAUCCAAUCAUCUACCCUUGCUCAAGCAAAGAAUUCAAAAGGGCUUUUAUACAAAUCCUAAAAUGCCAGUGCCACCGUCGGAAGCAGCUGGGGUGGUGGGCCUACAGCUACAGAAACUGGAAUCGGUGCUCCUUUGAACACCCUAGAAAGGACUCUCUGGAAGACAGUGGGAGUUUCCUAAGUGGCAGUCAGAGGACUUUGUCUUCAGCAUCUCCCAGCCCAGGCUACCUGAGCAGAAUCACUCACCCGCAUAUGGAGAUGUGCACAUUCCAGGAGUGGAGAAACUCCAGUUCUUUCCUGAGCCCCUUACAGGAAGGCAACAGGCAAAAGGACCCAUGCCAGUUCUUUACCUUCAGUCUCUUACCAGAGCGCAAUGGACACAUUGCUGCUGGCAGCCAGGCCUCCAGCAGUAGGGACUGCAAGGCUGUGUGUGACACACUGAAUGGCAAAACCAACUGCAAAGCAAACAUGAUGCUGGAAUGAACAAAUUCGAAACACUGGCUGCCCAGACUCUGAUCUCCUCUUCAUAUACUAACUCACUGGAUGUUAGCCCAGGUGAAGAAAUGGACCUGUGCAGAGUUUCUCAGUUUGGCAAUAGAAGAAAGCCAGUGAGGGACAGGCAGGCUCCCGUCACAAGCGUGGCAGAGUCUGGGGAGCAACUAUAUUUCAAAUCAAUUGCCAGAGAGGCUACAGAUUGCAGGGAAGGUACCAGAUAAACCCAGGAAAGAGCACAGCCAAUUAUUUGGAUAUCAUGGAAGUGCUGUAGAACAGCCAAACAUAUUUGUGUAUAGAAAUAAUGUAGAAAUAUGGGGGUGGGCAGGGGCAAUGCUUAUGAAUAUGUGUGUGUACAUAUGUGCUAGCCACAUGUUUGGAUGCCUGAGAGUGGAUGUGAGCAAUGCAGUUGCACACUAUUGUUUGUACCUCUCCAGGGUACUAGUUACCACUGAUUUUGCCUGUAAAAUUCUUAUGGCUGUUGUACUUCACUGUACAUUAGCACUUUAGAAAU